UGUUUACAAAUGUGCUGAUAAGCGGUGAUAAACCCGAUUUGCUUAGUUUGCUCAAAACUUUGUACGAAAUGACAACAAUCAUCUAAACUAGAAACCAAAAUAUUUCCAAUCCAAAAGCCGUUGCUAUAGUUUGUCUCAAAGGCAUCAGUAAAAUUAUCUGAAAACAAUUUAAAUAAAAACUAAUGGACAAUGGACCAGCAGUAUAGAAAGAAGUCAAGCAGAACCGGUAGCUUGGGAUCGGAUUUGAAGGCGCUACAGCUGCUACACAUUAAUGCAGAGGCAAAUGAACCAAUGGAUAGUACUUCAGAGUCCAACAUUCUCGAAGAACGCUCGCUAAGCUCCUUGGGGUAUAAGCACAAUAAGUGGCCAAAGGGAGAUCAUCAACAUUUAAUGGUUGAUAAGCCGAAGCUCUAUGAUAUACUCGGUGAAUUAUUAAAGAAGCGGUUGAAGAACAAUGCCAUAGUUACAAUCGGCACGUUUAGUACGCCUGUCCAUCUCACGGUAUUGCAGUGUUUCUCACGUUUAUUUCGCGAUUUGGGCAACGAGGUUUUAGUGGAUUUGCCCUCCACGCUGGUGACGCCACGGGCUUUUCUCCUCAUCUACGAUUGGAUGUUGGCCGAUGAUGCGCAGCUGCCACGCCUCGGGUUAGUAGAAGUAAUGCGAGCGGCAAAUUUUCUGGAAGUACCGCAGCUAAUCAAGCAAUGUGAACAUUGUAUCAAUAAUUAUUUAAAGGAGGACGCCGCUGUUAUGCUCUACCUGGAGGCACGCAUGCUGCGCAUUGAUCGCUCCUAUUAUAAUAUUUUUUUGCAUGUUGGAAAGUUUUUUCUGACGCUCGUUGCCUCGCUGGAUUUUCUUCAACUUCCACGGGAACCACUUGGCAUGCUGCUGAAAUCGAACAACAUUUGCGUCAACUCGGAGCUGGAGGUUCUCAUGGCUGCGGUUCGUUGGCUUAACUUUCAGUGGCCCCAGCGUCGAGGUAGCAUUGGUGAAUUGGUAGCGUAUGUGCGUUUUGCACUGAUACCGCCUUGGCUGCUCGUAAAAAUCCAAAAGACUGAUGUAAGCUCCAUUGAAUUAAAACGCAUCACGGCCGACUCCACAGUUCGCCAGCGCAUCCACGAUGGAAUUGCAUAUACGACGACGCGUUUGUUCUAUGGUAAUGAUCGGGAGGCCUUUGCUCUCCAUCUGAAGAAGACCAACACGACGCCACCUGUUCAACGGGUGUGGAUUUAUGAUCAACGCUGUUCUUAUCAUCAUCGAAUGCACUGUCGGGCUCAUGUGGAAUUUACAUUUCAGGUUUUUGUCGAGUAUUUAAACUUCUUGCAAACUCAAAACAAAGACUACUGGCAAUGCUUUGAGUCGGCCGAAACGGGAACGUGUCAUUGCAAGAAGCGAGCAAUAGAGGAUGUCGAAAUAUUUUAAAAAACAUUACGCCACAAUACAUAGUAUAUUUUAUAAAAGUGGUUUUAAAUUCUUCAAGUCCUCUUCUACUUUAAACGUUUUAGGGGUUGUGUUGGAAAUUUACAUUUUUAUAUUCCAGUCAGUUACUUAUGUGCUAUCUCAAAAUGUUUUAAAACGCUAUAUCUUUUGAAUCGGAUAUUUUCCAGACCUAAGGUACAG